AUGGAUAGUUAAUAAGGGUCCAGACUUGUUUCAGAGUAAGGAUCACCAAAGUUAAAAUUAACUGCUAGCUAAAGAGCUUAGAUAAUAAAAGAAUUUUUUUCAUCAAAAGGCAAAUAUCCAGUUUUUUCUAAUAAUCUAAUUGACGAAGCAAUUAGUUUGAAUUUUCUAUCAUAUGAUAAAAAAGAUAAAAUCUUAAGAGAUCCAAACAGAUUAUCAAUAUUAUAAAUAGAAUUGAAUUUAAAUUCUCCAAGAACUAAAGAAGCCAUGUAAUUGAUGGAAGUACAAGAAGAUUGGUGUCAUAUAAUGUCAUUUUUAGAUUUUUAAAGUGAGUUUGAACACCCAAUAAAAUGUUUGGUGGAUUAUAUGGAUUAUUUAUUAGGAAAAUCUAGAAAGCUGUUGCAAAUAGUUUCUUUAAGAAAUAAGCUAAAAAAAAUGAAUAAAAAUAAUUCUACAAAUAAUAAUUUUAACGCUAAUACACCAAUUACUUAAUAAGCAUCAUCUGUAUUUAUUACUGAUAAAAGAAAUUCAUUAAUUCUAUCCAAAUCAUUAAAUACAAGAAGUUUAGAUUUUUUAUAACAAUCAUUCGAUGAUAAAUUAGAAUAAAUUACCUAAAGAAAUACCUAGUAUCUCAAUACUCUUAAAAAACAUUAAUAACUAGAUGAAGAAUAAAAUUAAAAAUUAUAAAAAUACUAUUCUUCUACAAUUCCUAAUAUUGCUAAAAAAGUUGAAAAAGUGAAGGAAUUACAUCGAUUGUAACAUUAUUAUUUUAUUAAAGAGAACAGAAUUAAAGAAAGCAAUUCUAAAAAUAAAGGCAUAAAAAAACUAUAGAGAAAAUAGAAAAAUUAGAAAAGGAGGAUAAAUAGCAUCGACAUUAAUUUUAAGAAUAGUUAAAACACAAAUUUGAGCAAUCUGAACUCAAUAGAAACUAAUUAAACUAGUCUUAUGAAUAAGAAUUAUAAGAAAAUAUGGAAAGAAACAAAAAGAGACAGGAAGAUAGAGAUGCUAAAAGAUAAAGAGCUAAAGAAUUAGAAGAAUAAGAAGUUGAAGAAAUUAUUGAAAGAAACUUAGAAAAGACAUAAAUGGCAGAAAACUGCUUGAAAAAAAUAAGGAAUAUAAUGAAGUUAAAAAAAAUAGAAUAGGAGAAAAAGAUUGAAAUCGCAAAUAAAAAAGUAGCUGAGAAAUAGUAGGAAAAAGAUUAAUAAAGGUUAUAAUAUUUUAUUUAGAUUGCAGAUUAAAGUAACAAAAUGGUGGAAACUUAAAUGCAAAUAAGAGCAAAAAGACUGAAAGAUUUGAAAUUUAAAUUUGAGCAAUAAUAAUAAAUAGUAUAAAAGAACAAAAAGAAGAUUUUAAAAGAAUUUAAUUCUAAAAUAGAAGAAAUAAGAUAAUAAGAGGAAUGUAUUAAUAUUUUUUUUAUUAAAUUUAGAAAUUUAAGAAGAUUUAAUUAAUGAAAAUAAAACUUUGAUUAUGUUAUCAGCGGAUAGGAUAAGAGAAACUGAUGAAAAGAAUAAGCUAAGAAUGUAAAGAACAACAAGAAUUAAUUAAGAGCAUGAAGUAAAUAUUUUUAAAUUAUAAAUUUAAGAAAUAACAAGAAAAAUGGUUAUAAAAGAUUAUUAGCGAGAAACAAAAGUUGAAAAAAAUAAAAUCAGAUUAGGAGAUAUUUAAGGAUACUAUAAUCAAACAACAUUUAGAGCUUAGAAAUACAGUGGAUAAAUUGAUAAAAUGA